AUGAACUCUACCUAUCUGUCCGUGGUCUUUGUGUAUGUGAAAAUUAGGAUCUCAACAGAGACAAUAACAACCGAUAUUGGUAACGAGAAGUUUUUACAUCAUGCUGUAUGUGCUACUCAAUGUCCAAUCUUAAGCAUUUAUUAUUCACUAUCGAAGCGAACAUGCUGGAUUGAACAUCUAGCUUCGCCCAUUUGUCACUUUGUACUAUUAUGUCACUGUUUUGGUCCCCUCUACGAUCCUAUUCUAAUCUAUCACACUAUGCAAUUGACGUUAUCUAGCAAUAGUACAGAAGCCCUGGCAGAAUCAAGGUACGCUUUCUACCGCCGAACCAGACUCGCGUCAAUAAGUUUUCACAACUGUUUAGAGCUCUUGGUAUACCCAUGGCGUGGGACUAUUGUCUACAGCGGCUAUAUGUUCAUUGCUAGGACGUUGAAAAAGUCUUUCGGACUAUUUCUUGUGUCAAGUGAACAAAUCUGA